CAAAAGAACUGUGGCCUUUAGCCCCAAUUCUUUUGACACCGAGUCAUUUGAGACAAAAUUAUACCAUAUCAUUCCUAUACAGUAGCACUAAAACAUUUGGGAGAAAAACGCUAGGGAGCUAUGAGUUGGGUACUUGGGUUUGGAGAUGGGUAAGGGAUAGAGUCAUAUCCUGGACAAAAUAAUGCAUGUUAGCGCCCUGGUAUCAUGUUAUAAAAUCCAAAACCAGUGUCAAAAGAACUAUGGUCUUUUUUCAGUGAUUUCAUUUCCUAAUUAUCACUCUUCAUCUCUUCUGCAUAAUUUUGCAACAAAAGGCACGGGAGAAGGGCAGAGGACGGUCCAAACGGCCUACAAUGCGCUGUUUCUGGGCAAAUCCGAAAGGCUUUUACAGAUCAUGGGAGAGAGUUUCCCAGAGCUGGGGUUAACCAAGCAAGACUGCAUAGAGAUGAGCUGGAUCGAAUCCGUCCUCUACAUCGCCGGAUUCCCAACAAACACCCCGCCGGAAGUCCUACUCCAGGGGACAUCUCAAUUCAAGAACUACUUCAAAGCAAAAUCAGAUUUUGUCAGAAAACCGGUCCCGGAAACCGGGCUGGAAGGAAUAUGGAAGAAGCUCCUGCAAGAGGACUCGCCGUUGAUGAUCUGGAACCCCUACGGCGGAAUGAUGGGGAAGAUUCCGGAAUGCCAAACUCCAUUCCCACACAGAAAAGGCGUCAUCUACAUGAUCCAAUACCUAACUCUCUGGAACGACGACUCCCAAGAAUCUGCAAAGAAACACAUGGAUUGGAUGAGGGAUUUUUACGGUUUCAUGGCCGAUUAUGCAUCAAAAUCUCCCAGAGAAGCAUAUGUGAAUUACAGAGAUCUCGACCUGGGGACGAACAAGAAUGGAAAUGCUAGCUACAAUCAGGCUGUGCCUUGGGGGAAGCAAUAUUAUAAGGGUAACCUUGAAAGAUUGGUCCUUGUGAAGACCAAAGUUGAUCCCGACAACUUCUUCGUACAUGAACAGAGUGUCCCCACAUUACCUCUGAGCAUGUGGAGUCCGAGAACAGAGAAGAAGGCAAUGACCGAUUAAUUCAGUAUAUCAAAGUGUUUGUAGUUCCUUGGAGUCAUUAUCAGCUUUGUUUAACUUAAUAAAACAACUCCAGCUAU